AUGACAAAGGAUGAAUUGAUUGAGACAAAUACAGACUCAGCUAUGGAGGCUGGAUUGAAUAAAGGCGACACCUCAGAAGAAACUAAAGGAGAGCUUAAUCAUCCUGACAAUUCUACAAUUGCUGACACAGUGGAUGAGAAUUCAAAGGAAGAAGGCCCAGCAAGUGAUGAUAUAUCGAAUGAAAAAGCUGACACUACGCUAGGGCAAAUAAUUGCCGAGGAAACCGAAGCUCAAGACAAAAUCACAGACGCAACAAUUGACAGUUUGAAGGAGGAGGCCAAGGAUGUAUUAACUACAGGAAUUGGGGAAUCAAACAGCACUGACCACGAAAAUGAAAAUGUAAACGACCAUGACUUUGAUGAUUCUGACAAUUUUGACGAUUUUGACGAUUUCGAAGCUGCUGAUCCCAACAACACCCAAGGGGCGGGUGCCGAUGAUGAUGACGAUUUUGAUGAUUUCGGGGAUUUCGAUGAAUUUGAAACCGUUCAAGAGGCCAAAGAUCCUGUCCCGCGCAACCUAGAACCAGCCUUUCCCGAGUCUUGUUUCUCCAACAAAAACGACUUUGAGAAAAGGCUAUCCAAGCUAUUAUCAAAAUUGUUCAUCACUGAUGGGUCAUCUACUCAAACCACAACAAAUACAUCUCCUUCCAGAUCAGACUCAGAUGAACCCAACACCGAGUCCUUGCUUGAUGAUCGAUCAAGGACUAUAUACAAGCAAAUUGCAACUAUGCCGCAUCUAAAUCCACCGAAUUGGGUUCGACUGGAUAUCAGACACAAUCUAUUGAUUAAGUUGGGUAUACCGAUAAACCUCGACGAACUGAAUGCAAACACUACUGGAUCAUCCACAUUAAGCAAAUCACAAAUCUCCUCCAAUAAUACCAAUAACAAUAAGGAAACUAGCCUGAGUAAACAUCUUGCUGUGCCCACACUGUCUCGUCAACGAACGAGGAAAAAAUCCAUUAGCGAACAAGAUCUAAAUUGGUCAAACUUCAUCGUACCAGAAUUCGACUCUCUCAAAUUGACAAACGAUCAAGUCCAACAAAUCUUGUCCCUGACCAAUGAAACACUAUCCAAAUUCGAGUAUGACUUGAUGGAAAACACUUCGCGACAAUACUUGACAACAGCAGCCAAACUGGAUGAUGUAAUCGACGAGAAGUUAAACCAGUUGCAACAUAAUCAUCAAGAAUUGUUGAAGUUGAGUUCGGUAUGGCAACAUCAAUUGCAUGAGUUGCGCAAAGAUUAUGAAAUUUACGAACAGGUGGUGCAGAGUUGUAUUGGAUACUCGCAAAAGUUGCGUCGUGAGGAGAUUUUGGAGAAUUUGAAAAAGAUGAAACACAAAUCGAGGUCGUCGUCUAGUGUACCAACAUCAUCCUCGGAUCCGUCAUCGUCAUCGUUAUCGUCGAAGCUGAAAAAGAAGUUUUGGAAGAAGUAG